ACGGGGGUGGGAACCGGGGCGGAAGGAGGCAGAUAUUUCCCCCGAGGUCAAGUCGUCUCGUCCCGUGUUGCCUUUCUCCUCCUCCCCCGCGUUCGCCGUCCGCGGUUCGCACCACCGAACGAGCUCACACAUCAAGACAAUAAAUAGAGCAUCGUCUGUUUGGGGCCAAUCAAACCAAACAACAAGUUCAUGUCUGAUCUCGACGUCCAGGUUCCAACUGCUUUUGAUCCGUUUGCUGAGGCAAAUGCUGAGGACUCCGGCGCUGGUGCUGGAUCAAAGAACUAUGUGCAUGUGCGUGUCCAGCAGCGCAACGGAAGAAAGAGUCUGACAACUGUUCAGGGCUUGAAGAAAGACUACAGCUACAACAAGAUUCUCAAGGAUCUCAAAAAGGAAUUCUGCUGUAAUGGUACUGUAGUCCAGGAUCCAGAACUAGGCCAGGUCAUCCAACUCCAAGGUGAUCAGCGUAAGAAUGUUGCUACAUUUCUAGUGCAGGCUGGACUUGCAAAGAAAGAGAGUAUCAAGAUUCACGGAUUUUAGGCAACACUCAAAUGCCCGUGUGUUGUCGGACACUGAAGCCUGGAAGUUGUCAUAUAAGUACUUGGUAUCUUCACAUCUGAAGACAUUUGCAUUGCUAGUAGUCGUGUGAGGCGUCUGUGUUUGAUGCUCUUUUACAUCCAGACAUUUGAAUUUGGCAUCUGUGUGUUGAUGCAAGUUGUUCUUCACCAUGGUCUGUAUGCGCCACCAGUAUGGCAGUGUGGUUUAUCCAGGUUGUUGUGUACUAAAUAAAUGUACUUCGGGCUUAUCUUCUCAUGGUUGUGUGCAUCA